AUGUCGCUUUGUGUCGACGUAGCGCUCUUGAGCGGCAAGUCGGUGCAGAUUACGGUCAGCGGUGACUGUACCCUUGAUGAGUUCCGGCUGAAGGUGCAGGCUGCUUUGCAAACUGGACGGGGCAUGGUGGUCAAUGCUGCCGGGGAAGUGCUAUGUGGAGAAGCAACGCUGGAGCAAUCGGGUGUUAAGACUGGAGAUCUCCUGACGCUGCACGUGCGGCCGAUAUCCUUGGCUGCCUCAGGCGGCGCUUUCGCCGCGAUCGUCGGUGAUGCAUCGGUUGUGACUUGGGGUGCGCCAAUGUGCGGUGGGUACAGUAGCUCCGUCAAGGACCAGCUGAAGAAUGUGCAACACGUUCAGGCGAGCGAGCGGGCUUUUGCGGCCAUUGUCGGCGGUGGACGCGUCGUGGCUUGGGGCGAUGAAUUCGCCGGUGGUGACAUCAGCUCCGUUCAGGAGCAGUUGGGGAACGUGUGGCGGAUACAGGCUACUGCAUCAGCAUUUGCUGCUAUCCUUGAUGACAGGUCCGUGGUGACCUGGGGCGAUGAGCGCUAUGGGGGCGACAGCAGGUUUGUUCAGCAGCAGCUGCAAGAUGUGCAGCAGAUCCAGGCCACCAAAACCGCAUUUGCCGCCAUUCUCGCCGAUGGAUGUGUCGUGACGUGGGGCUGGCCAGACAAUGGUGGUGACAGCCACCUCGUUCAAGGGCAGCUGAAGAAGGUGCAGUGUAUACAGGCCAACGGCGCCGCAUUCGCUGCUAUCCUCGAGGAUCGGUCCGUCGUGACCUGGGGUGCGCCGCGUGAUGGGGGCGACAGCAGCUCGGUCAGGGAGCAGCUAAAGAAUGUUGAGCAGAUCCAAGGAUCAGGUGGCGCGUUCGCUGCUAUCCUUGGUGACGGCUCCGUCGUGGCUUGGGGCCGUGCCGAGGAUGGUGGUGACUGUAGCUCUGUCCAGGAUCAGCUGAAGAAUGUGCAGCAGAUGCAGGCUACAAGAGGGGCGUUUGCUGCUAUACUCGUUGAUGGAUCAGUCGUGACUUGGGGCGAUGGGCGCCACGGCGGCGACAGCAGCUCUGUGCAGGAGCAGCUCAUGAACGUCCAGCAGAUCCAGGCGACAAAACAGGCAUUCGUUGCUAUCCUUGGAGACAGAUCCGUCGUGACUUGGGGUGACGCUGACCAGGGCGGUGAAAGCAGCUCCGUCAAAGAUCAGCUCAAGAACCUAGGUUGGUUUUUCUGGAUUGUUUUUUUAGUUUAUAAGGGACCCUACACCCUACACCCUACACCCUACACCCUACACUCUACACCCUACACCCUACACCCUACACCCUACACCCUACACCCUACACCCUACACCCUACACCCUAAACCCUAA